CUACCUCUUGAUUCUUGACUAUUUUUGUUCAGCAAUACAGAGUAGAACACUAGAAUAGAAGCCAAGUUGCUUUUGAUUUAAGCCAAAACAUAUAAAGUGCUUAUAAUAAUUAAAUUGGGAGGGAGAGAAGCUCAAUUAUAAAAGUGUGUUCUUUGCUUCAAAAACCUUUCAAGACAACCGUUCUAUAUCGCCAACUCCUCUCUCAAAUCUAAGGCUGCCGACGGUUGCUCAACCGUUUCCUGAUUAUUUAUCCCAAUUGCCACAUAAGUUUUCUCAAACUUUCCUUAGUCAUCCAAACUUCAGACAGCAAAGCCCACCAACAUAGAAGAGAGAGAAAGAGAGAAUACCCACUUAUUGUUUAUUGGGUCUGACUAAAGAUUUGGUGCCAGAUGAGGGGUUGAGCCAAUAAUUGCAGAUACUUGAGUUUGAUUCUGAGAUGGGUUUGUUGUGAUUGGGGGAGAAAAGAUCUGUUUGGGGUGAGAAAUUGAAGAAAACUAUGGAGCCUCCAAGGGGGUUUUUAGCAUCUUUGUGGAACUUUAUCCGUUUCUUGCCUUAUUUCAUUGGUCUUCUUAUGCUGGGCUUCAUCAAAGGUAUCAUUUUAUGCCCGGUGAUAUGCCUUAUUGUGGCAAUUGGAAACUCUGCCAUAAUUUUGGGUCUCUGGUCAGUACACUUGUUGUGGACAAAUUAUUGCAUUAUAAGAUCUAAGCAGUUUGGGCCAGUUUUGAAGCUCGUACUUUGCUUAUGCAUUUCUGGUCUAUUGAUCAUUUGGCCAGUCAUUGGCAUUGUUGGAAGUAUUGCUGGUGGUGCAGCAUAUGGCCUUCUUGCCCCAGUGUUCGCCACUUUCAGUGCAGUUGGCGAAGGGAAGACAGAUCAAUUUUUCCACUCCAUAUAUGAUGGAACUUUGGGCACUGUCAAGGAGAGCUUUACUGUUGUCAGGGACUUUAGGGAUGUAUGUUAUCAUUCCUACUUCUCAGUUAUGGAUGACCUACGUCGUCAAGGGGGAAAAUAUUAUGAAAUUAGGUUACUUGAUAUUCCGGGUGCAAUUGUAGCUGGGGUUAUUGGCUUCAUGGUUGACUUGCCAGUGAUCUCACUUGUAGCCAUUUUCAAAAGCCCUUACAUGCUCUUCAAGGGGUGGAACCGUUUAUUUCAUGACUGCAUUGGUAGGGAAGGCCCUUUCUUGGAGACCAUUUGUGUACCGUUUGCGGGUCUGGCCAUCUUACUUUGGCCCUUGGCCGUUGUCGGGGCUGUAUUAGGCUCCAUGGUAUCCAGCAUCUUCUUAGGUGCUUAUGCUGCAGUGGUUGUUUAUCAGGAGUCCUCUCUGUGGUUGGGGCUUUGCUAUAUUGUUGCUUCCUUGUCCAUCUAUGAUGAAUACAGCAACGAUAUACUUGACAUGCCGGAAGGGUCCUGCUUUCCUAGGCCAAGAUACCGAAGGCAGGCUGUGCCCUCAGAGACUGGCUCUCUUGCAACUUCUUUGUCGAGGCCUGACUCUUAUCGAAAUCCUCCCUCUCGUACAGUGUCAAUGAAGGCUCCCAUGGUUGAGUUGAGGCCAUUUGAGUUACUUGAUAGCUUAUUUAAGGAAUGCCAACGAAUUGGAGAAAUAAUGGUUGCUCAAGGAUUAAUUACCUUGAAGGACGUUGAAGAUGCUAAAUCGAAUAAAGAUAGCGGCAGCGUCAUAAGCACUGGAUUACCAGCUUAUUCUCUUCUCCUGUGUUUAAUACGUUCUGCGAAUGCCAACUCCCCAGGUUUAUUGUUAAUUGACAACGUUACUGAGAUUACUAGCACAAACAGACCUAAAGAUGCCUUUUUCGAUUGGUUUUUCAAUCCAUUGCUGAUCCUCAAAGACCAAAUCAAAGCGGAGAACCUCUCCAAUGCUGAAGAGGACUACCUAGGCAAAUUAGUUCUCCUAAGUGGGGAUCCGGAGAGAAUGAAAGACUCAAGUAUCGCCUCAGCCCCUGAGUCCGAGCUUAAAAGAGCCGAACUCGAUGCACUUGCUCGAAGACUUCGAGGGAUUACGAAAUCAAUCUCGAGAUAUCCAACAUUUAGGCGUCGGUUUGAUGAUAGCAUUAAGACGAUAUCCGAAGAUCUUGCCAAGAAAAAUGGCAGCAGCAACAGAUCAGUUAACGGGCGGCAAACUGUUAGAAGGACUAGGAGUGCCUUGGGGAGGAUAUUUAGCCAGAAAUCUUUCAAAAACGACAACGGAGGAUCUUAUCAAGGGCACGGAGGAUCUUAUCAAGGGCCUCGAUCAGUUGUUGAAAAAGAUAUAGAUAUUGUCUGAUGGGAGAUGCGACACGGGACCUGUGUUUCUAUUUCUUUCGACCUAUGUACCAACUGUAACUUCUCUAUCACUUCUCAAUGGUUAUAUUCGAGCGUAUUCGAUUUCUUCACGUGAGUUAUAAAUAGGUGUAUUUAGCCAUUUUUUCCAGAACAAAAGAUAGUUUGGACGAGCUUUGACUCCUUUCUUGUUCUGUUGUAUAUUUGAUUUCAUUUUCACA